GAGUGAUGCUUGUCACUGCAGAUCCUUUGUCCAAGUCUGAUCCAGCCAGCACCUGCUAACAUACCUGUGCUAGCCAGCAUCCUCCAUCCUCCAUCCUCCAUCCACUAUCCACCACCAUGUCAUUCACCUCCAGAUCCUACACCUCUGCCAGGGCCCUCAGCAUGUAUGGGGGUGCCGGUGGCCGCGGUUCCCGCGGUUCCCGCAUCUCCACCUCCCAGGCUGGGGGACUCUACGACACCGCUUCCUCCAGGGGUGGCUUAGACCUGGCUGACGGCCUGGACCUCCACGUGUCAGCCAACGAGAAGGCCACCAUGCAGAACCUGAACGACCGCUUGGCCUCCUACCUGGAGAAGGUGAGGCUUCUGGAGAAGGAGAACGCCGAGCUGGAGAAGAAAAUCAAGGACUGGUAUGCAUCACGCCCGGUUAUCUGCCACGACCACAGCGCCUACUUCGCCACCAUUGCUGGCCUGAAAGACAAGAUCAGUUUGGCAUCCAGGUCCAAUGCCAAGACUGUGCUGGACAUCGACAAUGCCAAGCUUGCUGUUGAGGACUUCAAGAUGAAGUAUGAGAAUGAGCAGGCCAUGAGGAUGGCAGUGGAGGCAGACAUCAGUGGUCUGAGGAGGGUCCUGGAUGACAUGAGCCUGGGUCGCUCUGACCUGGAGAUGCAUUACGAGGGUCUGAAGGACGAGCUCAUCAUGCUCAAGAGGAACCACCAGGAGGAGAUUGCCCUGGUGAAGACCCAGGUGGGCAGCCAGGUGAAUGUAUCGGUGGAUGCUGCCCCAUCCCAGGACCUGAACGCAGCCAUGACCGAGAUCAGGAAGCACUACGAGUCUGUGGCUGCCAAGAACUGCAAAGAACUGGAAGCCUGGUACCAGGGCAAGCUGGCCACAGUGGAGAUUGAAGUCGUGACAAACAAUGAGCAGCUGGUGAGCUGCCUCACAGAGUUGAAGGAGUCCAAGAGCACCCUCCAGAGGCUUCAGAUUGAACUGCAGUCCCAUCUGAGCAUGAAAUCCUCCCUGGAGGGCACCCUGGCAGACACCCAGAAGCGCUACUCUGCUCAGCUGGCAGGGCUCCAGAGCAUGGUGACUAGCCUGGAGCUCCAGCUCUCCCAGCUCCACGCCAACAUCGCCCACAACAAGCAGGAGUAUGACAUGCUGCUGGACCUCAAGACCCGGCUGGAGCUGGAGAUCGCUGAGUACAGGAGGCUGCUGGAUGGAGAGGAAGAGAGUUCCUCCCAAGUGGUUACCAAGACGAUCACCGUGACCCAGACCAUUGUGGAUGGAAAGGUGAUGGAAACCACUGAGUCUGUUAAAUAAGUUGUUAACAGAACAAUCAAUAAAGAUUAUGUGGUUGAAUGAGAA